CAUAUUUUUCAUGUUGCAACAACAUACCGCUUUAUGAUGGGGUUGAUAUGAUAUGUGAGAGAGUUCUGGCCGGGGUGUUCUAAACAUGUUCUGGGAGUAAUGUGCGCGCCAUCCAAUGGCAGCAUCUAUUCCACACCACGGCGUCAGCGCGUCAUCAGUUCACAUUUACGAAACGAGUUUUAUUAAAUGAGGACAUGUGAGGGGAUCUGAGAGUAAGAAAAGGAGAUUGGAGAUAGACUGACUACAUGUUAGAAAUACUAGAGGCGAGCAAUACGUGUGUUACAAUUAUUUAUCAAGUGGACAACAACAGACUGAUGCUGGACUGUGCAAUGUCUGGAAGUGUGUCGCUUUUUUAAAAGACACAUACGACCCGAUUUAAAAAAAAGUAUCAUUGCAAUUGAAUUCGGAAUCGUUUGUGUGUGACUGUGAAUGGAUUUGCAUUUGCCAGCCUAUUCCGCGAAGACUGUAAUAUUUAAUAAUUUGCGAUAAUCACACACCAUCGCUUGUCUGUGCUGCCUGCACAAUCCUGUUGAUUUAAAAUUAUUAUUGUCUAAUGUUUUUUCGGAUCCUUUCGACGGCUCUCUGCAUCUCUAUUCUCGUUAUAUGAGGUAUCAUCUGUUGCUGCAGCCGGAUGAACUGACACUGUCAUGCAUUUGGAUUGACUCUAGCUGCUGGAGAUGUAGGCAAUUCACAAUUCCCCCAAUUGAACAUGUUUUAUUUCAGGUAAAAUGGGAGAACGAUUAUUGUUACUAUUAUUGCUACUCUUAUCGUUACAUGCGGGUCGGUGAUAGCCCACUGCAGACGAGCUAUUCAACAUCGUCCAUCUCCACAGCAGCCGGCUUCUCAGAGAUUUGAUCGUUACUUUAUUGAAUCAGACUGUAAUAUCCUCGUCACGAGACGGAUUUCGGCUUGAAGUAGGCCUGGUAUUGGAGACAAUACGGGAAUAGUGGAGGUAUUGUAUUUCUUUCUAACCCGGUUAUUCCUUCACAACUGAGGAUAAAUGUUGAUGAUGGAGGACGACGAAUUGGCUCAUCAGGUUGAUAUCGAUUCGGAUUUCGAGCCGCAAAGCCGGCCUCGCUCGUGCACUUGGCCACUGCCUUGUCCGGAGGAUUUCCCCGAAGUGCAGGAGGUCAAUGGGGGUCUUCCACUGACCACCAUCAAGGUGGAACCAGAUGACAAUCUAGCCGUUUCAGCGUGCAGAGCGGGGAGAAUGGGUGGCACGCCGACGGAGCUGAAGCAUCCAGCAGUCGCCCCGGCUCCCAUCCGGGCGACGCACCCAUGCUUGGCCAGCGCGGCACUUGAUGUGACUGGACAAUUGCGCAAAGCAAAAUCCUCGCGGCGGAACGCAUGGGGUAACCAGUCGUACGCGGACCUUAUCACACGAGCCAUUGAAAGCACCCCUGAAAAAAGACUCACGCUUUCACAGGUCUAUGAUUGGAUGGUCCGCUAUGUUCCCUAUUUCAAGGAUAAGGGCGACAGUAAUAGUUCAGCUGGAUGGAAGAACUCCAUUCGACACAACCUGUCCCUCCACACGCGCUUCAUCCGGGUGCAGAACGAAGGCACCGGCAAGUCCUCCUGGUGGAUGCUCAACCCUGAGGGGGGCAAGAUGGGAAAGGCCCCUCGCCGGCGAACCGUCUCCAUGGACAACAGCACCAAGUACCUGAAGAGCAAGGGCCGGGUCAGCCGCAAGAGGGUGGGCAGGCCGGGGAUUGGUUCUGGAGCUCAAGUUGGGCUCCAGGCUUCCCCUAAGCAGGGUAGCCCACCGGGGAAGGUUCUCCCAGGCAACAUAGGGGGAGCUGGGGGUGUGGAAGGAGAGUUUGACGCCUGGACGGAGCUCCACUCCCGGGCUAGUUCGUCCACGUCGACCCUGAGCGGGCGUGUGUCGCCCAUCCUGGCCGAGGGCGAGCUGGAGGAGUCAGAGGAAAGCGGGCUGUCCUGCUCGGCCUCGCCACACCUCUACCCCUCCCCCUCCUCCAGUGCCCGCUCCCCUGCCAUGGGGGCCGUGGGAGGCCACUGUCCACCCGUGGAGCAGCUUCCCCAGCUGGCUAAUCUCACCGGGGCGAUCAGCCUGGAGGAGAGGCUCUUGGAGGAAGGCUACCACCAUCAUCAUCCUCACCUGGCAACGGGCCACAAACUCCCCCCGGUCUAUCAUUACAACCCUGGGGUUAAAGGUCAGGGGUCGUACUGCGGCGCGGUCUACAGCCAGGCUGGGAUGGGCAUGCUGCGCCACCACUCGCCCAUGCAGACCAUCCAGGAGAAUAAGCCGGCUAGCUUCUGUGGCACCUUGCCGGCCUACUCAGGGACCAACGCCCUGCAGAGCCUGCUGACAGGGGGCCCUGGAGGGCCACAGCAGUACUGUGCCAAGGACAUAAUACUGGUCCAGGAGAGAGAUGCCCAACCAAUGAUGGGGCCCUCCACGAACGGAGUGAGUUCCACCCGUCACAGCCACCACCCCGGACACAACGGACAUGCAGCUCACAACCACAACAGCCACAACGGAACUCAGAGUCAUAACCUCCACCCUGUGACCAACCACAACCACAGCUCUCCUCAUCUUGGCCACAACCUCAGUCAGAACCACAGCAACCACACAACGCACACACCAACUCGAGCCCCAGCCCUGGCCCCACGCAUCAGCAGUGGCCACCUCCAGCCCUACAGCCACAAAGUCCCCUAUCUUUACAGCCCCCCAUCCCACGCCCACCUCCCCGCUUCCACCACCCUGCCACCCAACCCGGCCGGCAUGCUGGGGAUGCCCCAGGACUCCUGCCACCUGGCCACCGCCCCCCACCCCUCGCACCCCUGCCACAACACUUACCCCAGCCCCCAACACCAGGGAAUGGGCAGUGGACUGUACCACCACCAACUGGGCAUGGUGGGAGGCUGCACAGGAGGCAGCUACCAUGGUAGCUCAUACCACCAGCCUCACCCCCACGACAGACUACCAGCCGAUCUGGACCUGGAUAUCUUCCACGGGAGCUUGGACUGCGACGUGGAGUCCAUCCUCCUCCACGAUAUCAUGGACUCCGGAGAGGAAAUGGACUUUAACUUUGACAGCUCCCUGGCGCAGGGGUUGGGCAUGGGGAUGGGCAUGGGGGUGGGCCUUGGGAUGGGCAUGAGUGGACUGGCAGGCCCUCAGCAAGCCCACAACAACCAGAGCUGGGUGCCCGGCUGAGACAUUUCCCAGAGUGCUUCAGGGCAGGCCUCAGAAAAGACUCCACUACAGAGAGUGCUGCAGGCCAGCCCUCACUGCCCCUCAGAUAGACAGACUCCACCCCUCCUCACUAACAUGUUGGGGAGCACUGUGCUUAACUGUGUCAUUCCUGGACUGAAAACAGAGGAGAUGUGACAAACACUCAGUCGCUCACUCCCCCAUACCUUUCUGUGUUGUGCUAUAAAAUGCCCCGGUCCUAUCUCUCCCUACCCGGACUCUCUCUGGAGACUGUAGCUCAUGUCACAUUGGUUUUUCUCACAUCAGCUGUAUACUGUGAUGACAAUCUCAACUGUGUUGUUGCCCAACCUUGUCCCUUUCUCAUCUACUAUCAUGAGACCUGAACUCACCAAGCACUUUAAAACAAGUGGGUCAGACUCCACAGCUCACUCACAUACAGACCCGGGUUCAAAUACUAUUCAAAAUCCUUUCAGGCACUUUAUCUGGGCUUGAUUGAGUUUGCCUGGCGCAAUGGAGCCAAUAGAAUUGUCGCAAACGUGCAAACCCCGCCUAUCUUGCACUCCAUGGCAGACUGCAGCAAACGCUAAACGUAUUUGAAAUAUCUCAAAUGGUAUUUGGACCCAGGUCUUGUCACGUACUGUAGCAGACAAAUUCAUGCAGAGUUUGGCUGUUUGCGAUGUGGGUACGGUAUUUGACAUGUCAUUUUGCUGAACAAACCAAGAAAGUGCAAGAAUCCGGAUCUAUAGAUACAUUUGUGGCAUAGAUUUAUAAUGGGGGUUGCUAUGCUGCAAUGUUUAUAAUGGGGGUUGCUAUGCUGCAAUGUUUAUAAUGGGGGUUGCUAUGCUGAUAUGUUUACUGCCAGUGGGAAGCAGGGAAAAUGUCAUCAAAAAUGUCUGAUUGAUUGGUUAUUUGGGCUCUUUGUUGUUGGCUCGUAUUCGGUCAAAUCAAAUGAUACAUUUUGGGACAGACUUACAAUGAUCUGUGCCUCCUCACUGACCUAAUUGAAAACUAUAAUCUGGUGCUUUACUUUACUGUGCAAGUGAAAGUGUAUGUUAUAUUAGUUGGUCGCAUUAUGUUAAUUGAAUUAAUCUUUGGAAUAUUCAGAAGACAAAAUGGAAAAUAGCGUAUCACCUUGCCUCAACCAGGGUUUAUUUUUUCCUUUGUGGUGCCAGCUUUUCUCUUUAACUUUGCUUUCUCUGUCUCUGCCCCCCCCAACCACCAACAGAGACAAAGUGAUCAUCCCUCAGACCGGCCCAUUAAACUGUGCUUGAUUGAAAUUCAGCGCCUUGCUUUUAAUCUCCAAAGUGAUGCUGCAGCCAUGCAUCACUAUCGGGGAUCUAAACGCUACAGCCUCCCCUCCCUCUUUCUCUCUCUCUCUCUCUCACCCCUGCAGUUGUCGCUAACGUAAAUGUGCUGUUCUGAUCACC